AUGGCCGGCUUCAACCCGUUCGCGUUUCGGCCCUGGCCUGUCUUCUUCUGGACCACGGCGACCUACCUCGCCAUCCUCAUCCCGCUCCUAUACGUUCACGAGACGGUCCCCGCGAUUCCCAAGGAGUCGGCGCUGCCCGCCGGCGUCGACUUGAAGUCCGCCUGGCUUCACCUGCAAGUCUUGACCGCGCACUUCCACCCCUACAACAGCCACGCCAACGAUGAGGUCCGCGAGUUCCUCUUUUCAUCCGCCAGGACCAUCCUGGACCAAAGCCAUAUCCCAUACACCGUGGAAAAGUCGGGCGGCCGUAUCUGGAGCGCCGACUUCCAGGCCGUCGCGGAUGAGCGCACCGCCACCACGACCACGGCGCCUGGCGUGACCCUGUUUGAUGACAACAUCUCCAACGCGACAUUCAUCACCGAAAACACAGUCAAGGGCCGCAACGCCGGCGCGCAAUCCGGGCAGUACUUCGAGGGGACCAACUUUUAUGCCUACAUCCACGGCAAGGAGGACCCCGAAGGCGAAUGGUGGAACUCCGAGGACGCCGCCGAGACCUUCCGAGGCAAGGGCGGCGUCCUUGUCAACUGCCACUAUGACUCUGUUGCGACGGGUUAUGGCGCUACGGAUGAUGGCAUGGCCUGCAUCACGCUGCUCCAGCUGCUGAGCCAUUACACGACCAAAGGCAAUCAGCCGAAGCACGGCAUCGUUCUGCUCUUCAACAACGCCGAAGAAGAUGGCCUUCUCGGGGCCCUCGCCUUUGGGUACAGUCCGCUGCGACAGUUUUGCCACACAUUCGUCAACCUCGAGGGCGCUGGAGCAGGCGGUCGCGCUAUGCUGUUCCGUACCACUGACUUGGAAAUCGCCAAGGCGUACGGGUCCAGCCCGCAUCCCUUUGGAUCUGUCAUUGCCGCGGAUGCCUUUGAAACAGGCGUUAUCAAGAGCGGCACCGACUACCAGAUUUUCGCCGACCAUUACGGCCAGCGUGGCAUGGACAUCGCUUUCUAUGAGCCCCGCUCGCGAUACCACACGGAGGACGACGACGCUCGACAUGCCUCGGUGAACAGCAUAUGGCAUAUGCUCUCCGCCGCUCUUUCGUCCACAAAGGCGCUCUCCGAGACCUCGGGCACGGUAUUCCAUGGCGACCGCCCGGAUGGUCGACACGACCUUGUUCAGAAUGGAAGCCCGACGCGUGGCGUUUGGUUCGACUUUUUCGGCAGUGCCUGGGCUACUCUUGCGCUUAGGGGCCUCUUUGCCUGGACCUUGACGCUUCUCAUCGCCACGCCGUUCAUUCUGUUCAUCGUCACCGUCCUUCUUAUCAAGCAAGACAAGUACUACUUCUUCGCCAGCAGCACCGAAGCAGACGCGGGGGUCGGCGACGGAGUUCGCGCUCUUAACGGCUGGCGUGGGCUGUUCCGCUACCCUCUUGCCCUGAUCUUUGCAUGUACUCUUACCUUUGGCUCUAUCAGACUAGUUGGUAAAGUCAACCCGCUGAUCAUCUACAGCAGCAGCUAUGCAUUCUGGGCCAUGUCCAUCUCGAUCUUCUAUUCCUCCUUCUGGCUCAUCAUGCGUGGGUCCAGCUAUAUGCGUCCGAGCGCACUGCACCGCGGCUACUCUCUCAUGUGGCUCUUUGUGAUUACUUGGGCCUUUCAGAUUUUUGUUGCUGUCUGUGAGGACCGCUUCCAAAUCGGUGCUUUUUACUUUGCCGCCUUUUUCCACACUGGCGUGUUCCUGGCGCUCCUCAUCUCCCUACUUGAGCUCUUUGCCCUCCCGUCCAAGUCUGCCUUCGCCAGACAGGUGCAGGACGCGGAGCCACCAAGCAGCCACGUUGCUAACACCGACGAGGAGGGCGAGGAAGCCAACAGCGGAGAGGAGGAGGAGGAGGUCACAGAAACCACGCCGCUUAGGAACGAAGAAGGGGGCUAUGGUGGGGCUGACACCGAGGACCAGACUACCUUUGCAACAACUUAUAGAAGAAGAUCUGCGCCAGCGCCAGGUGAUGAGAGCGUCAGCAAGCCGACUCCUGCACCAUCACCAUACGCCAACGAGCAAUCCUGGUCUAGUCGUCUGCCGAGUUGGGCUUGGUUCCUCCAGUUGCUCGUCCUCGCGCCAGUUCACUUGAUCAUUGUUGGCAACACGGCUCUUGUGCAGACCUCUUCCAUGGGCCAGACGAGCGUUGAUGGAAGUGAUAAGCUCCUGCCCCUGUUGGCCGUUGGAUCCCUGACCGUCAUUCUGUUGCUGCCACUGACCCCGUUCAUUCACCGUGUCAAUCACCAGCUGCCGACUUUCCUGUUCUUGGCAUUCAUCGGCACGCUCAUUUAUAAUCUUGUCGCCUUCCCGUUCUCCGGGAACUACCGGUUCAAGUACUUCUUCCAGCAAACUCUUGACAUUGACCGCGACACAAACGAAGUGGCCAUCUACGGCAUCCCGGAGUACACUCGCGGGCUCAUUGAGUCCAUCCCUGGGGCCGGUACUGUAGAUAUAGAAUGCACGACAUCCGAAUCUCGCGUUGGUGUCUGCGUCUAUAACGCAGAGGCAUCGCCCCCCGACCUGGCGCCCGGCUUUACGACCAAGGACUUGAUGACGCUCUCCGCGUCAAAGUCUUCGGACGGCAAAUCCGUGAACGUGCAGCUCGACGCCGUUGAUACCAGGACUUGCACCAUUAGCUUCUCGUCUCCCGUCGCCAGCUUCGCCGUGGACGGCGGCGUGCCGCUCGCGAAGCGGUCUCCGAGCGGCAUUACUAACGUGCGCUUGUGGCGACGAAGGUGGCACGGCCCCUGGAACGUGACGCUGCAACUUGGUGGCGGCGGCCGCGGCACCGGCACCCAUUUUGUGGAGGAAGAGGAAGAGGAAGAGGAGGAGGGCGUCGCGUCCGGUAUGGAGGAACUCAAAGUCAGAGCGGACGAGGAUUUCGAGGUGACGGCGAGCUGCAGCUGGAGCGACGCCAAUGUGGCGACGACCAUCCCGGCGUUUACGGAAUACAAGCGGUACGCGCCACGAUGGGCGGUGCUGUCCAAGUACGGCACCGGCCUGGUGGAGGUGAAGAAGAGGGUCAAGGUGUGA